GUGCCCAUUACUAUAAGAAAAAUCAAGUCACAUCCUAGAGAGGGAGAGAAAUAAUGGAAGAGAGUCAGGGAGAGAAGAAGAUGGAGCAGAGACUCGAAGAGGCAGCCAUUCAAGGGAAAACGGCCUCACUGAACCAAAUACUGGGCGAAGAUCCGCUGAUUCUUCGACGAGUAAAGAUGGGUUGUUUCGUCUACACUCCUCUCCACGUGGCCGCGUCCGAGGGGCACCUAGAAUUUGUUCGGGAGCUAUUGGAUAACAACAAGGCACUCGCCCGAGUGCUGGACAACCGGCGGUGGUCGGCCCUCCACCUGGCUGCGGCCAACGGACACGACAAGAUUGUGGAAGUUUUAGUGGAAGCUAACGCCAACAUGUGCUUGACUCCGGACGGCGAUGGCAGAAAUCCUCUGCACCUGGCGGCCGUGGAGGGGCACGACUCCGUAUUGUAUGUGUUCUUUAAGAAGAAACCACAUUGGAUUCAUGCGUUUCUCAAAGCCAUAGAUGGCGGCGGCAACACCAUCCUUCAUCUGGCUGUCAUGAACGAGAAAAAUAAGGUCGUGGAGUUGUUACUUGAGAAAAUAAAAGAUCAACUGAAAAGGAAGAAUAUACAACAGACAGACAACCCCUUAAACACAAUAAACAAAUGUGGGUGCGCCGCUCUAGACAUUCUGGAGGAAUUCAAAUCUUCUGAUCAAGUACAAGAUUUUGAAAAGGACAAGAAGAAGUUUCAAAAAGCUGGUGCCUUGAAAGCUACUACCUUGAAAGUCGAUGAGCUUCUAUCCAAGAGGCAGAAUACGUUGAUGGUGGUGGCGUCGCUUUUGGCAACCAUGGCUUUUCAAGCCGGGCAGACCCCUCCUGAUGGAGAAGCUACAGGUGCUUAUCAAGAGUUCAUUGUUGCCAACACAAUAGGAUAUGUGGCAUCACUAGGCACAAUUAUGUUUCUAGUGCCCGGAUUGCCUUUCAAGAAAAAGUUGUUUACGCGGAUCAUGGUGCUGAUCAUGUGUCUCGCAGUUACAUCCAUGGCAGUUACAUACGCAUCUUUCAUCCGCUUUAACCCCGGGGAUGACGACUGGGGGAUUAUCUCUUAUGUUACGAUGGCUUGGUACGGGGUGAUCUGUGUUCUUGUGUUAAUCCACACCAUUCCCUUGUUGAAAAGGUUGUCGAAGGUCAGCUGGGAUAUUUGUAUGCGGCCACUGAUGAAGUUGUUCAUGGAAUUCAUCUCACGUUCAAGUAACCCACCCCUACCAACUUUAUCUAAUUAAUGAGAAUAAACCCCAACCCGCUUCAGCUUAAUGGGAACGGGAACCUAGUUUGAUCUUUAAUUAGCCUUAUCCGUGAGUUUGAAUUAGUGAAAGGAAGAUAUAUAGCAUAAUUGAUGGACUGAGAAGAGUUCUAUUUUAGAAUUUGUUAAAUGUAUUGCCUUCUAGUUCCAAGUAUGGAAAUUAAAUAAUUUCUUCGAAGUCGAAUCAACCAGAGUGAAA